AGCUCAAACGUUCGCGGUGGGUUCUGAGUUUGUUUUAUUGCAUAUAAAAGCGUUUGAUAAAUUUUUCAUGGUUGAUACUGUUUAGUGUUUCAGAUUUUUGCUAAUGGCUCAAUACAGGUAAAAGAUUGUGAGGUAUUUAUUUAGCCAACAUAUCAGUGCUGUUUUCCGUCAGACUUGAAAGUGUAUUGUAUAUUUAAAGUAGGAAAAAAAAACUUAUCAAAAAAACAAUAACGAUAGUAAAACAUGGAAAUCACUGACGUCAUAGGUAAUUUGGGACGACUUCAGUGUUACAUAAUAAUCUUACUUAUAUACCGCGGAGUGCCGACAGCAUGGCAAAUUUUGGCCAUACCAUUUUUGGCUCCCGAUACUGACCAUUGGUGUGCCAAACCACACCAACUAGAGAACUGGACAGUUAUCCAAUGGAAGAAUGUGUCCAUACCGUUCGACACUAAGAAACAAGAAUUCAGCCAGUGUCAGAGCUACAGCUACAAGUUAAUGGAGUUACCUAAUUCCUGGGCUGUAAUUAUUGAUCAGAAUGUCACGGUUCCCUGUACAAAGUGGGAUUACACCACUACAGACAACACAAUAAUAACCCAGUGGGACUUGUUCUGCGAUCGGGAAUGGCUGGUAUCCAUGAACCAGACGGUGUUUAUGUUGGGAAUGUUGAUUGGAGUAUUUAUAUCUGGUCAUCUCAGCGACAGGUUUGGACGACGUCCAGUGUUGCUGGAUUCUCUGUGUCUGUCUAUUGUCUCGGACUAUGCAGGAGCAGCUGUUCCGAACUUGUCGUUUUUUUACGCCGUUCGCUUUACUUCAGCGAUGGGGAUAGCUGGAAUACAGAAUGCAGGUGUUUGUCUUUUAAUGGAAACGAUUAGUCCAGGGUAUCGACUUUGGGUAGCGGUUGCAUUUUCUUGGGGUUGGACUCUAGGAUUAAUCACUCUUCCUGGAGUAGCUUGGAUGAUCAAGGACUGGCAGUAUUUUCAAGCUGCAACCACGUGCGGGUGGCUACCGAUGUUGACCGCCUGGUGGUUCCUCCCCGAAUCUCCAAGAUGGCUUCUAACCAGGAAGCGGUAUAUCAAAGUUCCGCCCAGAGUCUCUGAUUUCCUUGCUAAUUCCUUUUAUGGAAGUUGUCUCCAUCUCUAA